CCAGAUGACCAGGCGGGAGAACUGGUUCAUGUAGGGAGUCACACCCCUGCUGAGCCUCGCAUUUCCAUCAUGAUGUGGCGAUAACGAUCCCAAUAAUUACGGUGUGGACGAAGCCUAACAUGUUGUCCUUCAACCCUGUAAUCCUCGCCACAUGUUAUUAGAAAUGCCCGACGUCUAGCGGAUUUGUUCAUGUGUGAAACUCGAGAAAUGAGUCACCUAAUGUAUAUUUGCUCGCAUUUCAUACAUAUGUAGCUGGCUAUUUCCGGUGUUGUUUGGAAUGCCAUCCAUCAGCUCUUCUGCUCUGGCAACAUCACUCCUCAUGGCCCACGAUACGCCGGAUUUCAGCGCCUACCAGGGGAAGCAGAACAACAACACCGGUGGGGGCGCCCAGCUCAACAAUAACAACUUCCAUGGGACAGUGAACUUUGUUUCUGUGCAAUCACAAGGACACCCUGGACCGCCUGAAGAAGGGAUCCAACGGGCAUAUGAGUCCUUGGAGAAGCGGCCUGGGAACCAACUUCCAGCUACGCCGGAUUAUUUGCAUCCCACUCAGUCUCUUGGUCGUCAAAAAAUGUCCUCUGAUGCGAAGACACAUUCUGCUACAGCACUGGAAGACGAACUUCCUCGUUUUCCCCUUCCGCCCAUCCCUGGCCCCGAUCACUUUAUUCCAUUAGGGCCUGGGUUUGGGGAAUCAGAGGAGCGGCAAGGCCUACUUCUAAAUUCUCAUAAAUUAGAAAUUAUAGUGGGGCAAAGGGUUGUGCUAGCGUUUUCUAAUACGCAGAAGAGACCGCCCCUUGUGCAUGAGGCUGCUCAGUAUUGGUUUGAGAAACAUCAAUACCGGGACACAAGGAAAGGGCUACGCUAUUCUGGCGGAACUUUCACCGAUGAAGGGCGACAGAGCAUGCGAAGUGCCGCUCACUUUUCCUCUAUCUCGCACGAGUCUCGCAUGUUGGCACUACUGGAGACCAUGCCGACGGAUACCAGCCCUAAGGUCCAACCUGCCAACGUAUAUGAGUCCGAGAUGCAGUCUAUCACUUCACCUCCGCAAACUUCCGCGAGUAUUGCACCCACGACUCCUAGCACAACCCCUGCCUCCCGUCAUGAUGAAAUCUAUAAUCAUACUCUCUCCCCAUCCCCCGUUGGAAAGCAUUCCGUGCGUGGACCGGGAAGAGUAUGUGAAUAUGAAGGUGGCUGGAAAAAGCAAUCGAAACCUGCCGCAAGAGCGUCGCAAUGUAAUUCAACACAGAGUCCUCGACAGUCGGAUGCACCCUCGACCCCAGGUGCCUCAGUAAUGAACAAGCGUGCCAGAAAGUCAACCGAUAACAAGGUGCGGCAGAUUCUCAUGGCAGCAAUGCUCAAACCUCAGAGAAACCCUGGUACUGUAUGUCUCACGCCGGCACAUCCAAGAGAGGGCUCUUACAACAUAUACUAUCGUGGAGAGAAUGCCGCCAGUAGCAGCAAGCUGUGCUAUCCGAAGCAAGUUCCCGUUUUGCAGAUUCAAUGCAAAAACAUAAUCAUUAUCAAGAGGCUUGUUUUGGCUGAAUUCACGGACCGCACGCAAACUCUUGAAUGUGAUAUAUGUGGCCACAAUCACAAGGAUUGGAUUGCCGCCCUGGAUGCGGAUAUCAAAGCUAGUGUUCAGGCUUGGGCAAAGCUCCUGGAGACAGCGAUUGAAACUUCCCAAGUUCCCAAGAUUGGCUUUUCGCAGGACACACAUAGAUGGAGGAAAUGGGCCAGUGAAACAAGCGAAUUGCGCCUGUUGAAGGGGUCAUGCGAAGAGGAAAAGAUCAAGCCCACCAUCAAAGGUAGAGGAAGGUGACAGACGCUUAGAACUGCGGUUCCAGGGCGUAA